AUGAGAAACCAAAGAAAUAGCAGAUUUUUCUUCGGCAGGUACGCUUUCGAAAGGUCGAAUUGCGAGCGGUUCGUCGAAAGGUACCAGAACCUCGGCAGCUUGGACAGGUACCACCACGGCCACGGCGCGGUCGACCGGUACCCUAGACAGGCGACCUCUACCGACAGGUACGAGAAGGAUAGGGGCGGCGAUCGUUAUGCGGGGCAAGUGGAAAAGUACCAGGCGGAGCAGGAGGAUACGACGCAGGUGGUGUUUGCCGCCCCCGACCGCCGCCGAACCGCCUCCAAGCCGGAAAUCUUCAAGUCGAGAGACAGGGAGCGGUGCGAGCAGUACGAGCACCGCUUCCAGCAGUACUACCACGACAGGUACGGAUAUCACCACCACCACCACCAUCAGCAGGACAGGUUUCCGGCGAUACCGUGCCCGGAAAGGUACAAAGACAGGUACCGCACGUACGACUCCCAACCCUACCACGCCAACGCCCACAACAACGAGCGGUACCUACCGCCCAACGCCCAUGUGCCCGUAGAGCGGUACGUCCCGGAGCCGUACCACCAGCAGUACCACGGCUACAAGCAGUACCCUCCUGUGGGGGCGGCCAGCCCCCUGGGGGCGGCAAACGGGGACCCCUACAUGCGACGCGAUCUGGCGUUCCAUUACCGGCUGCCGCUGCCGUACGCCUCUGGGCAGUACCAGCGUGGGCGGUACUCGGGACACCCUGCGCCACACCCACCGCCCUCCGUGCCUACUCCACAGCCGAUAAACCCCGCCUCCGUGGGCGUGGCUCCCGCCCCGUCGUGUCGGCACGCAGCUGCGCCCGGCGGCGGCCCGUCGGUGGAGUACGUGGGCGCGUCGGGUGGUCGACACGUGUGCGCGACUCCGCCCCCACCUAGAGGGGGCGUGGCCGGCGUGGGCGGAGCAGACGCGGGGCUAGGGGUGGGGGAAGGGUGCUGCGCCAGGAGGACGCAGGGGGGCGUUACGGUGACCGUGUGGUGA